AUGCCAACCCCCCUAGACCGAGCAUUGAACUCCAAGAAUCUUUUCCUGGGAUUCGCAGGAAUGGUCACUGCCGUGGCAGCGUUUAGCAUCUGGGGGAGCGAUGUUCUGCCUGCCCAAGCGGAUCCCACUGGCAGUAUGUAA